GGAUGGGAUCCACCCAGUUGAAAUCAUUGGCAUAAACGCAUCACACAAUUCAACAUGUCUCUCAGCACGAAGGCCGUUUACUUCGUCACCCUUCUGGUACUGUGUCACCAAUUUGAGCCAACAGCCGCCGUAUCCUGUGGCGACGGUUGGACGCCUUUCGAAAAUUCAAAAUGUCUUAGAUUCUACGACAACUUUGAAAACAAGGACGUGGCUACUCUGACGUGCGCCUCUAUACCUACUGAACCCGUCAACACGGCAAGUCUGCUAUCGAUAAAGUCACAACCUGAGCAGGAUUUUAUGAACAGCUGGCUCUUCCAAGAACUUGGAGUGCUGAACAGCAUCUGGUUAGAUGGCGUCCGAUUCAACACCACCCAUUUUGUCUGGGAGGACGGCGACUCCAUGUCCUUCCUCAACUGGGACGACGGAUAUCCCACAAAUCAAACGGCAGAGAAUCUCUGCAUGGAGAUGUCACCCAAGUCGGGACGACGGGAAAUUGGAGCUACUGACGAUGGAAAAUGGAAGGACGUUCCCUGUUCGAAAAGAAAUUUAGUCGUUUGCGAAAAGAAGCCCAUGCUGACAGUUCCAGAGCUUCAAGAUAUAGUGUUCCAGCUACGAGACAAUCCGGUUCCAAUUGGUUUCAUCUACGUCCAACUGCCACUGCAUCCCUCGCCACAAACGUUAUGGCCAAAUCUAAUCUGGCGCAACGUGUCGGAUAGUUACGCAGGCUUGUUUUUCCGAACAGAGGGAGGUACAGCUGCUGCCUUUGGUACAGUACAAGAUGAAAGCAGCAAUAGGCUCACUACAGUAACUCAUGCAUCUACGGUUAAUUCGACCUCCAGCGUUACAGUUCCGAGCUCUGGAUAUUCCGAAUAUCUGCUCACCGGGCACGCUGCAUCCACAAAUACGCAUGACGAUAGCAUACGUUUUCGAAAUACUGGGUCCGAGACUCGUCCACGAAAUAUGGCUGUGAGAAUAUGGGAGCGAUUGUAAAAAGUAAUGACUAAAUUUUGUUGAAAAAGAAUUGUAUCGAUUAAACUUUUUCAUAAUUUAAGCCGGUUCGUUAUGUGAUUGUCAAUAAUUUAAAUAAAAUUAUACUAUAUAACCGGCAAUAACAAU